AUGUCGUUUCCUGACACGCCAGUCGCUCACUUGCUGGGUUCGAAUGGACCUGUUCACUCCGUCGCCUACUCUUCUUCACCAGGAACUUACAUCCUCACCGGCUCGGCAGACCGUAGCGUCCGCCUCUACAACCCGGCGAGCCAGGAUACAGUCGGCCCCCGCUACGGCUCCAAUCUCAACAGCAAAGGCGCCGCUAAGGUCGCGGAAGGCCGUCUCAUCCAGAGCUACUCAGCGCACGGCUACGAGGUCCUCGACCUCGCCGUCGCCGCCGACAACGAGCGCUUCGCCUCCUGCGGCGGCGACCGCGCCGUCUUCCUCUGGGACGUCGCGUCCGCCACCACGAUCCGCCGCUUCGGCGGCAACGUCCACGGCCACACCUCGCGCAUCAACUGCGUCGCGUUCGGCGGCGACGGCGACUCGCUCGUCGUGUCCGCAGGCUUCGACACCAGCGUGCGCGUGUGGGACUGCAAGUCCAACUCGGCGAAGCCGGUGCAGGUCCUCGACGAGGCCAAGGAUUCUGUUACGGCGCUCGUGGUGAGGGACGCAGAGAUCGUGGCGGGGAGUGUCGACGGGCGGGUGAGGAGUUACGAUGUGCGGAUGGGUCGUUGCGUUACGGAUGUCAUGGGAGCGAGUGUCACCAGUCUUCGACUCACGCGCGAUGGGAAGGCGAUGUUGGUUGGGUCGCUGGAUAGCAAGAUCCGAUUGAUGGACCGGGAGAGUGGGAACUGUCUCAAGACAUACGCGGACGCUGGGUGGAGGAACGAGGAGCUGCGCGUGCAGGCCAUCCUUGGUGGCAAGGAGAAGUACGUGAUUGCUGGCGAUGAACUGACGGCUGGCACGGGGCCGGCGGGGUUGAACGGUGAGGGCAAGAUUUGGGCGUGGGACUUGUUGACGGGGAAGCUUGUCGCGUCAGUUCGGGUGCCUUGGCCGGAGGGCUAUGAGCCCAAGAAGAGGGUAUUGGGGAAGGACGGCAAGGAAAAGGAGAGAAGUAAUGUCGUCAGCUGCAUCACAUGGCGUGACGACGGAUGGGGAGACCAGUUUUGUGUAGGCGGAACGUCUGGAGUUGCGACUGUCUUUGGGUCACUUUAG